GGGUAAAAAUUGGCUGGGAAAAAUCGUAUCUUUCCGUGUUCUGUGUGUUUGUGUGCGGGUAGAAAAAACGCGCUGCUGUGGUGGGGUAUUCGAAUUGCCGCUGCUGCUGCUCUCGCCAUUUUGAGUUGAACAAAGUUUUUCUGCCUCCAAAACGACAAAAAAGCGAAGACGGUAUAGCCUGAAAAAGGAAAUUCUGAUAAUAAAAUCCAGUGCACCACGGCCAUCAUAGAGCGAGAGGCAAUAGCAUAAGUGUAAAAUCUCUAAAGAAAGUCCCAAGUAUCUUCAGUCUCGGGCCACGGUACGAAUUGUUUUUUUCCGCGGAUUAGGGCAUUACUGCAGCUGCUAGUAGCUGGAGUCGAAGGCGGGAAGUGAUAUCGAUAAGGAUCUAAACUCAUAAAAUAACCAAAGAAAUUGCAGGACCUCGAUUGACAUUCUAGAAGAGACAAGGCUCAUAUCUUUGGAUUACAAGGGGCAUAAAAAUUCACGCAAUUCUUAUACUCGUAGCUCAUAGUCUUGACAUCUUGCGGUGCGUAGGUGUCUUGACGGUGUAGUAGAAAUUGAACUGAUAAAACAGCAAAGACGAAGGGAAGACAACGAUAAAACGAAACUAAAAAUGGCGCAUUCAACAGCGACUAUAGUCACAGCAACAACGUCCGCUGCUGCCGCAUCUUCGACAAGUGAAAUCAACUGUAUAAUCCAGGAUGCAAACGGCAAACUCGUCAAGAUUCUGAGACCAAAGGACAUCAAACAGGAAAUAAUAGGUAGUGGCGACUCAACCACUAUCCGAUCUGUGCAUGUGAACAGCGCAAGCGGCAGUUCGCUUAAUUCCAGUGCGGGCUCAUACACGCAAUUGGCAACUUCAUGUCAAUCGCAGUAUUUGAGCCGUUACAACUUACAAAGUGGGGAUAGCGCUAACACAUAUACUGUUAUUUCAACACAAAAUAGUGGCAGUAAUCAGCAGCCAGCAUUCACAACGAUUAAAUACGAAACUCCAGAAACAGUCACCGUGAAAACUGAGGAGGGUUACACGAAGUACACACCAAAUAAUAAUACAAAAAUGAAAUCAAAACUACACACUACCAGCAGCCCACAUUCAAAUUCAGCACGAAGGCAACGCAAGCCCGAAAAGGCAGGCAAAGGGUUGCGACAUUUCGCUCUAAAGGUUUGUGAAAAAGUCAAAGAGAAGGGCGUCACCACCUACAAUGAAGUGGCCGAUGAAUUGGUCGCUGAGGAACUUCAUAUGAAUUCCAUUGAUUCAGCAAACUGUGAUCAAAAGAAUAUACGUCGGCGUGUCUAUGAUGCUCUUAACGUACUUAUGGCCAUGGAAAUAAUUUCAAAAGACAAAAAGGAGAUACGUUGGAUUGGUUUGCCAUCAAAUUCAGCUGAGCAAUGCUCUGAACUGGAAAGACAAAAUGAAGAAUGUCGCCAACGCAUACAACAGAAGCAUCAACAACUGAAUGAGUUGUUACUGCAUCAAGUCGCCUUCAAGAGUCUGAUCGAACGCAACAAAGAAGCGGAACGGCAGGGCAAUGUACCAACGCCUAACUCAUCCAUACAACUACCCUUUAUCAUAGUGAAUACGCACAAAUCGACAAAAAUUAAUUGCAGUGUUACGAAUGACAAAUCGGAAUAUAUUUUCAAAUUUGAUGAUCAAUUCGAAAUGCACGAUGAUGCCGAAGUACUGAAACGUAUGGGUUUACUUGGUGGGUUAGACAAAGGCCAAUGCUCACACGAAGACAUCGAACGUGCAAAGACCUUGGUACCACCGAAUUUCGAAAAAUACAUAGAAGCCUAUGGCAAUGGCAAAGGUCUGACAUGCGAUUCCGACGAUGACACCAUGACCGGUUAUGCUGAACUAACGAAUGAUUCUUCAUCGCAUGGCUAUUCGCGCUGUGGACGUCGCGGUGGAGGCGGUGCCAAAACUGGUGGUCUACGUGAUGAUGACGAUGAUGACGACGAAGAUUUUUUGGAGAAUAGCGAUAUUGAUUGAGGCGAAUUCAUGGUUGCGUACAAUAACAGCAACAAUACAUACAACUACAAAGUUAGCAGCUGCAACAGCAACAAUAACAAUAAUCUAUAUUUAUGCAACAAAACAACAACAAAUGAGGGAUUUCCUGGUAGCAAGCGACAACAGCAGCGUUUUUUGAAUACCGGCAUUGGUGGCAUUGGCAGCUGUAAUGAUUUAGAUUGCAGCAUAAUUUCCGAAACCGAUCAGCAAACAUUGCAACAGUCGCAAUGUCGUUUAACUGGCACAUCCAAUGGAACGAACACAAUAGUCGCCGAUGUAAACACCCAUUUAACAGAUGAUUCCUUCAGUUUUUCAUUCAUUUCGGCCUUAUUAGGUUUGCAUUAGAGCAGGUCAUGGUGGAGAAAGAGAGUAUUUUCUUAAAUGAAAACUGUUAAAAUAUGUUACUGCAUUGUUAAAUUGUUUUUUGGCUGGCCAUUUGUUUAUUACAUACACUAGCAUGCUCUGUCCAGCAUGUGUGUGUGUGUACUUUGAACAUUUAUAAUGACUGCAUUACUAACGCAGCUUGAGUGUAUUUUGUAUGUAUCCUAACUCUGCUAAGGGAAAAUAGGACAAAGUCUUUAUUAACUUCUAAGUCUGUUGCUUUUCUACAUAUCUUGGUUUUUCCCUUUUUAGGAACUUGUGUUAGACUUUAUUUUAUUAUAUGAUUUUGCAUUUCUGUAUGCAAAUAUGUAUUGAAUUAAUUAAUAAGACUUGAAUGCUUAUUUGCUGAUAUCUCUUUUGAUUUUUUUAUUUGCAGAAAAAGGGAUGUGACUUUAAUAUGUGAUGAGUUAUGAUUUUCAUGCAUGAAUUCGAUUGUAAAAAGGAAUGUUAAUGUAGAAUACUAGUUUUGAAUUUUUCUUGAUUAGACGUAGUAACAACUUAUGCGUUUUAGCACUGGUCAACAUGAAAAAGGAAAAAGUUAAAUUUUAUCGUCUUGUGCUUGAGAAUUUGUUGGUCAAUUUUUUGCAAUUUAUUUGCAGUUGUUAUUACAUGAAUUAUCAGCACUAUUUUGAGUCACCAUUUAUUUGAAUACACAAUACGAAAAUUAUUAAACUAAAUCAGCAGUGCGAUUGAAAAUGAAUCGCAGCUAAAGUGACCAUUUUCUUGUGACGUCCUUCUGAUAGCGUGUACUCGGCUAUUGAAUAUACAUAUGUACAGACGUGUAAAUUGUGCAUUUUGCUAGCCAUUUUCGUAACAGUGAAACUAAUAAAAAAAUUACGCUAUUAAAGAACGG